GAGAAAGUAGCUCGCGGACUCGCGGAACUUUGUUGUCCGUUUCUUGGCAUCAUGUGGGCGCGAGCUGUGCUGUGCGCGGCGCUGCUGUCCGCGCUCUGCCCGGCGGGGAGGACGGAAGCCGAGAGGGACGAGAGAGACGUCCAGGACUACCGGUACUCCAACCCCAACAGACUGCUCGGCGCGCUGCAUGAAGUGCUGGAGAAACUGCAGACCAAGAGGAUUAAUCCCUGGGAAAAGAAAUAUGGACAGGUCCCCUCUUGUGACCUCGGCGAGCACUGCGCCGUCAGGAAAGGAUCUCGGAUCGGGAAGAUGUGCGACUGCCCUCGAGGAGCUUUCUGCAACUUCUUCCUGCUGAAGUGCUUAUGAGCCAAUCACAACACAGCGAGAGUAUAUUUUACCAUGUAUAUUUUCCAAAUAUAUAUAAAAUCUAAAAUGAUGUAAAGUAGCUUUUAGAGUGACUGACUCCUCCGUGAACCUUCGUGUGAAGACGAUCUGUGUCUCCUGUGUUGCAUUA